UGUAUGACGUCACAUCCUCUGUAUAUUCUUGUUCGCUCCGAGACUCAAAGUGCGCAAAGAGGAGGAACAUGUGCGACGUGCAGCUGCUGCUGAUGUCGGUACAUGAGCGGAUCAGCGCUGCCGCUGAAGACUUUCUGCUGCAGGUGGAGAAAGGAGGAGAAACGGCUCAAGUCCCGGCGCUGAGAGCGAUGCUAACCGAGCGGCUAACGGCGGCUGCUGAGGAGAUCGUCUCAGUGUUUGAGGAAACCGUGGCGGUGUAUGAAGACAGAAUGGAGCGGUUAGAUUGCUCAGAGCAGGAGAUCUACCGCCAGAGGAGGCUGCUGGAUGCUGUGAUGAAGCCCAAACUCCAGCUGCACAGAGUCGUGUGUCCUGCAGACGUACAGCAGCUGAUGGUGAAUAAAGAAGAGGUUCUCCCUGUGCAGCAGCAAUGGAGCCACCUUGUGGACCAGGAGGACCCAGAGCCCCCCCACAUUAAAGAGGAACAGGAGGACCCAUGGACCAAUCAGGAUGGGGAGCAGCUUCAACAACUUGAGCAGGCUGAUAUCAAGUUCACAUUGACUGCUGUCACUGUGAAGAGUGAAGAAGAUGAAGAGAAACCUCAGUUGUCACAGCUUCAUCAGAGUCAGACUGAGGAGAACAGAGCGAAUUGUGGAGGACCAGUACCAGCCAGGAUCUCAGGUCCUGAUGGAAAUUUACAACAAUGUACUGAGGACAAGACUGUAGACAGUGAAGAUGAUUGGAUGCAGACCAGGGAACCUCCGUCUUGUUUAAAUACAAAAAGUAACAAACAGCCUCAAAGUGAUAAGAAAUGUAUAACUGCUAAGAAAGCAUUUAGUUGCUCUGAGUGUGGUAAAACAUUUAGACAAAAGGGGGAUCUAACUGUACAUAUGAGGAUUCAUACAGGAGAGAAACCAUUUAGUUGCUUUGAGUGUGGUCAAAUAUUUAGAAGAAAGUGCCAUCUAACUUUACAUAUGAGGAUUCAUACAGGAGAGAAAGCAUUUAGUUGCUCUGAGUGUGGUCAAACAUUUAGACAAAAGGGGUCUCUAACUUCACAUAUGAGGAUUCAUACAGGAGAGAAACCAUUUAGUUGCUCUGAGUGUGGUAAAACAUUUAGCCGAAAGUUCAGUCUAACUGAACAUUUGAAGAUUCAUACAGGAGAGAAAUCAUUUACUUGCUCUGUGUGUGGUAAAAGAUUUGCCUACAGUGGUUCUCUAACUUUACAUAUGAGGAUUCAUACAGGAGAGAAACCAUUGAAUUGCUCUGUGUGUGGUAAAAGAUUUGCCCACACUGGUUCUCUAACUUUACAUCUGAGGAUUCAUACAGGAGAGAAACCAUUUAGUUGCUCUGAGUGUGGUAAAACAUUCAGCACAAAGGGCAGUCUAACUGAACAUAUUAAGAUUCAUACAGAAGAGAAACCAUUUAGUUGCUCUGUAUGUGGUAAAAUAUUUGCCCACACUGGUUCUCUAACUUUACAUAUGAGAAAUCAUACAGGAGAGAAACCAUUUAGUUGCUCUGAGUGUGGCAAAACAUUUAGACAAAGGAGCCAUUUAACUGGACAUAUGAAGAUUCAUACAGGAGAGAAGCCAUUUACUUGCUCUGAGUGUGGUAAAAGAUUUAGACAAAAGAGUCAUUUAACUGGACAUAUGAAGAUUCAUACAGGAGAGAAAUCAUUUACUUGCUCCUAGCGUGGUAAAAUAUUUAGACUAAUGGGUAAUCUAACUGCACAUGACCAGUCAAACAGGAGAGAAUGAAUUUACCUGCUCUGUGUGCUUAAAGAUUUAGUUGCAUCGUUUGUAACAAAUAUUUCAUUCAGAUUAGUCAGCAACUACUCAUAUUGUACAUAUGAAUUGGUCAUUAUUAUACACAUUAAUAGAGAAAUUUGAAUCCCCUUUAACCUGUCUUUAAAUGUUUUCCUUGCAAAGUAUGUAUAUGUAUGUUCUUAACCAGUUCAAAUGAUUAAAUAUGUUUGAUUUUAA